AUGUCGAUUUUACCCUCUUUCGGCUUCACCCAGGAGCAAGUGGCGUGCGUGUGCGAGGUACUGCAGCAGGGAGGCAACCUGGAGAGGCUCGGCCGCUUCUUGUGGUCGCUCCCCGCUUGCGACCACCUCCAUAAGAACGAGAGCGUCCUGAAGGCGAAAGCGGUGGUGGCCUUCCACCGAGGCAACUUCCGGGAGUUGUACAAGAUCCUGGAGAGCCAUCAGUUUUCAGCGCACAACCACCCUAAACUGCAACAGCUGUGGCUCAAGGCGCACUACGUGGAGGCGGAGAAGCUGCGCGGUCGGCCGCUCGGCGCCGUGGGGAAGUACCGGGUGAGGAGGAAAUUCCCGCUGCCGCGCACGAUAUGGGACGGCGAGGAGACCAGCUACUGCUUUAAAGAAAAGUCCAGGGGGGUCCUGCGGGAGUGGUACACGCACAACCCUUACCCGUCCCCGCGGGAGAAGAGGGAGCUGGCCGAGGCCACCGGACUGACCACCACGCAGGUCAGCAACUGGUUCAAAAACAGACGGCAGCGGGACAGAGCCGCGGAGGCCAAAGAAAGGGAGAACAGUGAAAACAACAACGCAGGCGGUAACAAACAGAACCAGCUGUCCCCGUUGGACGGAGGAAAGUCUCUCAUGUCCAGCUCGGAGGACGAAUUUUCUCCCCCACAGAGCCCCGACCAGAACUCUGCGCUUUUGCUCCAGGGCAACAUGGUCCACCCCGGGGCCUCCGCGUACUCCAUGCCCGGCCUGGGGGCCCCACAGCCGGUGCACGGCAUGCACGGACACCCGCACCAGCUGCAGGACUCCUUGUUGGGACCGCUAACUUCCAGCCUUGUGGAUUUGGGCUCUUAA